AUGGCCUGGCGCAGUCAUGGCACGACGAAUGAUGAGAUGGUUGAUGCUCUGAACGCAAACGGUGUCUUCGAAUCAGACAGGAUCAAACAAGCCAUGAAGAGCGUCGAUCGUGGACAUUAUGCUCCAACGUCACCAUACAUGGAUCAUCCACAAUCGAUCGGUUAUGGAGUUACAAUCUCUGCUCCUCACAUGCACGCCAAAGCUUGCGAAGCUGUACUCGAUCUCUUGAGACCUGGGGCCAGAGUUCUGGACGUUGGAUCUGGAUCUGGCUACCUGACACAUGUCUUUGCUGAGCUAGUGAAGCCCAGAGGUACUGUCAUCGGUGUUGAGCACAUCCAGCCGCUCGUGGACCUGGCACAGAAGAACACCGCAAAGAGUACCGAAGGCCGUGAGCUGCUUUUCAACGGGAGUAUCACGUAUGUAAAAGCCGAUGGUAGGAAGGGCUGGACAGGAAAGGGUGGCGAAGGGGGUUACGAUGUCAUCCAUGUCGGUGCUGCAGCAGUCGGCUUCCACCAAGAGCUCAUCGAUCAGCUCAAACGACCAGGAAGACUCUUCAUGCCUGUUGGCGAACGCGGAAACCAGUAUAUCUACGUUGUCGACAAGAAAGAAGAUGGCUCUGUCGAGAAAACCAGGCUUUACGGAGUCCAAUAUGUACCUCUGACAGACGCUCCACCGGAGUGA